CUCUGCUUUUAACAGUGCAACAGCCCACAAACAUGGUGCGCCACCGCCCCCUCCUGGCCAACUCCAAUACCACCCUUACCAUAUAACACCAUCUAGGCUUUAUAGAACUUUAUGCUCCUCCUCCUGUAUUCUGUAGCAGAAUUCAAAACGAAAGUAAAAGUUUUCUGUUCAGGAUCCAUUUUGUGACUCAGAACACAACAGAAGACGGUCAAAGCAAGAGGAAAUUAAGUUUUUCUCUGUGCAGAUUUAGAAUGGAUGAUGACAGGGCCACUGAGGAGAGAGAGGGAACCACUGCUCCCAAAAUGAGAUAUUCUGGGAGAGAGCAGGGGGCCACUGCCCCCAAAAGGCGGUGUUCUAGGAGAGAGGAGGGGACCACUGCCCCCAAAAGGAGGUGUUCUAGGAGAGAGGAGGGGACCGCUACUUCUAAAAUGAAUCCAUCUAUGGAGCUGAACAUAGAAGCUGUGAGGAGACCAGUCUCCACUGUACCCAGCUGCCUGUCCAUGAAGAGUGACCAUUCUAUGGAUCUGCCAAAUCAAUUCAGAGAGGGAGACAUCUCUACUGAUCCAGGAGUGGACCAUGAGGAGUUCACAAUAAAAUCAGCAUUACUAAAAAUUAAAACUUGUCAGAGGGUCCAACAAACAAUUAAGAUUAGACUGAAACAGAAGUAUCAACUACUAUGUGAAGGGGCUGGACACCUUGGAAUCCAAACCCUCUUAAAUGACGUCUACACACAACUGUACAUCACAGAGGGAGGAGGUGCAGGAGUCAAUAACGAACAUGAAGUGAGACAGAUUGAGAUGGCAUCCAAGAGACAAACCUCACACGAGACACCAAUCAAAUGUAAAUACAUCUUUAAGCCUCAUCUUCAGUUCAGGAACCAAAACUCAUCAGAACAUGAAGACGUAUUCACUAUGGCCCAGAGUCACACUGGAUCUGAAGCAGCAGACAGAGCUAUUCCAACACAAGAGCAUCAGUCAGCCUCACCUGUUUUACAUUCACCUGGACAAGACAAACACAUGAAUUGGAAAGGUUUAAGAAUCCUGACAAAAGGAAUUGCCGGCAUUGGAAAAACAGUCUCUGUUCAAAAGGUCAUCCUCGACUGGGCUGAGGGAACAGCCAAUCAGGACAUUGACUUCAUAUUUCCUCUUCCUUUCCGUGAUCUGAACCUGAAAAAGGACCAAUGUAGUCUGAUGACACUUCUUUGCCACUACUUCCCAGAGAUUAAAGAGAUUGACAGCAUUGAAGAUGGUGGAACCAAAAUUGCUUUCAUUUUUGAUGGUCUGGAUGAGUGUCGACUUCCUCUAGACUUCAAAAACAAUAAGAAGUGCUGUGAUGUCACAGAAGCAACCUCAGUGGACGUGUUGCUGACAAACCUCAUUCAGGGGAAUCUGCUUCCCUCUGCUCACCUCUGGAUAACCACACGACCUGCAGCAGCCAAUCAGAUCCCUCCAGAGUGUGUUGACCAGGUGACAGAAAUACGAGGGUUCAGUGAGCCACAGAAGGAGAAGUUCUUCAGGAAGAAAAUCACAGACCAGAUUCUGGCCACAGAAAUCAUCUCCCACAUAAAAGCAUCCAGAAGCCUCCACAUCAUGUGUCACAUUCCAGUCUUCUGUUGGAUAUCAGCUACUGUCCUUGAAACGAUGCUGAAAGAAACAGAGAAAGAUGAAAUCCCCAAAACUCUGACCCAGAUGUAUGAGCACUUCCUGCUCAUUCAAAUCAGUGUGAAGAACAAGAAGUACAACAAAGACACAAAGACAAACCCAAAGGACCUGUCCCAGUUAGACAAAGAGAUGAUCUUUAAACUAUCAGAGCUGGCUUUCCAACAGCUGCAGAAGGGCAACCUGAUCUUCUAUGAGGAGGACCUGAGAGAAUGUGGCAUUGAUGUAUCAGAGGCAUCAGAGUACUCAGCUUUGUGUACAGAGAUUUUUAAAGAAGAAUCUGGGCUGAAGCAAGAGAAGGUCUUCAGCUUUGUCCAUCUGAGCAUUCAGGAGUUUCUAUCAGCAUUACAUGCUCUAGAAUCAUGUCUGGGCAAGAACAAAGAUGUUUUUUCUAGUUCUUAUAAUAAAGUGGGGAAGUCAGAGUUUUCUGAGCUACACAGGAGAGCAGUGGACCAGGCCUUGAAGAGUGAGAAUGGACAUUUGGACCUGUUUCUCCGCUUCCUUCUGGGUUUGUCAAUGGAGUCCAAUCAGAAUCUCUUAGGAGGCCUUCUGACACAGAUAGGAGGUACCACACAGAGCAACGAGGAAACGGUACAAAGAGCAGUUAAGUACCUUUCAGAGAAGAUCAAGGAGGAAUCCUCACCAGAAAGGAUCAUCAACUUGUUCCACUGUCUGAAUGAACUUGGUACCAACUCUCUUGUUAAAGAUAUGCAGACCUCCCUGCGAUCAGGAACUCUUUCAGGAACAAAACUUGAACCUCACCAAUGUUCUGCCCUGACCUACCUGUUGUUGAUGUCAGAGGAGAUUCUGGAGGAGUUUGACCUGAAGACACAUAACACAUCAAUAGCAGGUUAUCAGAGGUUGCUACCAAUUGUGAAGACCUGCAAGAAAGCACUACUGGAUGGCUGUGGACUCAUAUAUAAAUCCUGUAGGACUAUUGCUUCAGCACUGCAGACACCAAACUGCACCCUGAAAGAACUGGACCUCAGCUACAAUCGCCUGGAAGACAGAGGAGUGGAUCUGCUCUGUGUUGGAAUAACCAGUCCAUUCUGCAACAUUCAGACACUUAUACUGGAUUGCUGUGGACUCACAUAUAAAUCCUGUGAGACUCUUGCCUCAGCUCUGCAGACACCAAACUGCCCCCUGAGUGAACUGGAUCUCAGCUACAAUCGCCUGGAAGACAGAGGAGUGGAUCUGCUCUGUGUUGGAAUAACCAGUCCACUCUGCAAAAUGCAGAUACUACAUCUGGAAGGGUGUGGACUCACAUAUAAAUCCUGUGAGACUCUUGCCUCAGCUCUGAAGACACCAAACUUCCCAGUGAGAGAACUCCACCUCAACUACAAUCACCUGGAAGACCGAGGAGUGGUUCUGUUCUGUGUUGGUCCAACCAGUCCAGUCAGCAACAUACAUACACUAGUCCUAGGUUGUUGUGAUCUGACCGAGGGUUGCUGUUCAGAUCUGGCCUCAGUCCUGCGUUCACCCAACUCACAACUGAAACACCUGGAGCUGAGAGGCAAUGGCUUGAAGUGUUUAGGAGUUACACUGCUCUCCGCUGGACUGAAGGAUCAGAACUGUAAAUUACACACACUGGGGUUGUCUGGCUGUCUGGUCACAGAGGAAGGCUGUGAGGCUUUGGCUUCAGCUCUGAGGUCAAACCCCUCACACCUGAGAGAGUUGGAUCUGAGUUACAAUCAUCCAGGAGACUCUGGAGGGAAGCUGCUCUCUGCAGGACUGGAGGAUCCAACCUGGAGACUGGAGAAACUCAGUCUGGACCAUGGUGGGGAGUUCAGAAUGAAAUCAGGACCCCGGAAAUAUGUCUGUGAUCUCACACUGGACCCAAACACAGCAAACAGAAACCUCUGUCUGUCUGAGGGGAACAGGAAGGUGACAAGGAGCAAGAAGGAACAGUCAUCUCCUGAUCUCCCAGAAAGAUUUCACUGGUGGGAACAGGUUCUGUGUAAAGAGGGUCUGUCAGGACGACGUUAUUGGGAGGUAGAGUGGGGGGGGGGAGCGGCUGCUAUAUCAGUGGCAUAUAAAGGAAUCAACAGAUCUGGAGAUGGUCCGGAUAGUUGGCUUGGGUCCAAUAACAAGUCCUGGAGUCUGAUUGGCUCUCAUCAUAUAUCCACUGGUAACAGUUACGCUGUCUGGCACAAUAAAAUCAAAGAUGACAUACCUGCCCCCCCCUCCGCCUCCUGGUCCAAUAGGGUGGGAGUGUAUCUGGACUGGACGGCCGGCACUCUGUCCUUCUACAGCGUCUCCUCUGACACCCUGACACACAUACACACUCUACACUCUACAUUCACUGAGCCCCUCUACCCAGGCUUUUAUGUUGGGCAUAAUUCCUCAGUGACUCUGUGUCAGGUAGAAUAGUGUCCUUUGUCCUCGAGAAACACCUGACUCGUCUGUUAAGAUGCUCGGGUACACUAAGAAAUAUACAUGAAAUUAACAUAUUUAAAAGAUUUGAUUUAAAUGAUUCCUGCUGAAACUAAAUUGUUCAAGGAAAUGUUGUACAAUCAUUUAAAUCCAGCAUAAAAUAAAUAACUUCACUUCAUCUCACUAAAUGAUGCCUCGUCUUAAUUAGGCAGAUUCAGGGAGUCUGUUGACACAGGUUUGCUUUAGGUCCAUGAACCUGUUGAAGUCCAUAGUGACCCCACACAAGGCUGUGUUAAACAGCAUCAGCUUCAACAUCCUGUUCAUCGGUCAAUCUAAUGGUAAUGGGUGGGUUUCCACUGCAACCAUGAAUAAUUGUUGAAUGUAGGAGAUGACAGGUAGAAAUCUCAAUUUGUAUUGAGGAGGAGUGUUUCUUUUGUUUAAUUAUUUAUUAUUAACCACUAAGGCCAAGCCAGAGUAACAGAAAUCAAACUUCAGGUUGUUGAUUGUAACAAAACAGAAACACUGUCAGAUAUCAAUAGUAUAUCUCUAUCUAACACACCUUACUGCAUUAGAAAAUAAAAACACUGUCAGAUAAUGACAAACUAUGUCUAAUUCACUAUGUCUAAUUCACUAUGUCUAAUUCACUAUGUCUAAUUCACUAUGUCUAAUUCACUAUGUCUAAUUCACUAUGUCUAAUUCACUAUGUCUAAUUCACUAGGUCUAAUUCACUAGGUCUAAUUCACUAGGUCUAAUUCACUAGGUCUAAUUCACUAGGUCUAAUUCACUAGGUCUAAUUCACUAUGUCUAAUUCACUAUGUCUAAUUCACUAUGUCUAAUUCACUAGGUCUAAUUCACUAUGUCUAAUUCACUAGGUCUAAUUCACUAGGUCUAAUUCACUAGGUCUAAUUCACUAUGUCUAAUUCACUAGGUCUAAUUCACUAUGUCUAAUUCACUAUGUCUAAUUCACUAUGUCUAAUUCACUAUGUCUAAUUCACUAGGUCUAAUUCACUAGGUCUAAUUCACUAGGUCUAAUUCACUAGGUCUAAUUCACUAUGUCUAAUUCACUAUGUCUAAUUCACUAGGUCUAAUUCACUAGGUCUAAUUCACUAGGUCUAAUUCACUAUGUCUAAUUCACUAGGUCUAAUUCACUAUGUCUAAUUCACUAUGUCUAAUUCACUAUGUCUAAUUCACUAGGUCUAAUUCACUAUGUCUAAUUCACUAUGUCUAAUUCACUAGGUCUAAUUCACUAGGUCUAAUUCACUAGGUCUAAUUCACUAUGUCUAAUUCACUAUGUCUAAUUCACUAUGUCUAAUUCACUAUGUCUAAUUCACUAUGUCUAAUUCACUAUGUCUAAUUCACUAGGUCUAAUUCACUAGGUCUAAUUCACUAGGUCUAAUUCACUAGGUCUAAUUCACUAGGUCUAAUUCACUAUGUCUAAUUCACUAUGUCUAAUUCACUAUGUCUAAUUCACUAGGUCUAAUUCACUAGGUCUAAUUCACUAGGUCUAAUUCACUAGGUCUAAUUCACUAGGUCUAAUUCACUAUGUCUAAUUCACUAUGUCUAAUUCACUAUGUCUAAUUCACUAGGUCUAAUUCACUAGGUCUAAUUCACUAGGUCUAAUUCACUAUGUCUAAUUCACUAUGUCUAAUUCACUAUGUCCAACACAUUGUACUGCAUAAGGGUGGUUGACACAAGCAUCUGACAAAUUGUCACCAAUUUGUUGUAUUAGUGUCUAAAAUAUUGUAUUAGACAUCAAUAGUGUUAAAUAUUAACUACGGGUAAAUAUUGAUUACUCAUAACUACCCGCAAGUAAAUCAGUCAUAUAAACAAGGUUAGGUUAUUAAUGGUGUAGGUCUUCUUCAAUCAGCACUAAUGUAAAAUAAUAGGCUACUUUGACCGUGAGAGGUCAGGUAAAAGAAGGAAAUUAAUAACACUGGGAUAAGCAAGGCGUUCAAGGCCCCACUGGCCAUAAAACUAGGCUUCAGCCUAGUUCACUUGUUUUCAUGUGAUGACAGACAAAAGAAGUGUUAAAAAGAAAUAAUUAUUAUUCUGUGUGUAGGAAAGACAGUUCAUAUCAUAUGGUGUGACAAAUGGAUCAUAUGAAGUGACAAGCAUUCAGGUAAUCACAUGAAAUGCUCUACAACUAGUAACCGUUAAAUCUUCCAGGUAAUCACAUGAAAUGCUCUACAACUAUUUAUGGUUAAAUGCAAAUGCAUUUCUUAAUGUGCUUAAUUUCAAUAUAUUUUUCUAAGUUUACCUUUUUCUAUAUAGAUAUUUUGUAUUCUAUUUUUCUGUAACACAAGGCUCAACUGUAAAUGAGAGAUGUUUCAGCUUGAC